CAAACCAUUUAUAAAACCGUAUUUCACUACAUCAUUGUAAACAUCUCGAGUGUUUACUCUUAUAUAGAAUAGUGAAAACCACUUGUUAAGUAUUCAGUUAAUUAGGAAUUCGUGGUUUAUGAAUUUUAUGUAAAAAUUUAAUUAUUUGGUCGAUAACAUAUUUAUUUUUAGAAAAUAUUGUUUCUUCUGACAACAUAAAAUAAUUUUGAGAUUUUCUUAUUAAAAAGGAGAAAUGUUUUUUUUACAUACAAGGACUUUGAGAACAUCAUUGAAAAUGUACAAUUAUCGCCAUUCAUCAGCUUGGCCAUCACAAGCUUACAUAAAUGGAUCUUGGUGUAAUGCAAAAUCAGGUAAGACUUUCAAUGUUAUUAACCCAGCAACUGGAGAAAUUAUUGCUACAGUACCAGAUUUAAAUGCAACGGAUGUACAAAUAGCCAUUAAUGCUGCUAAUAUUGCAUUUCAAAGUUGGAAAACAACCACAGCUAAAGAAAGAAGUGAUUUAUUAAGAAACUGGUAUAAUAUUCUAGUGAAAAAUAAAGAUUAUUUAGCUGAAAUAGUUACAGCUGAAGCAGGGAAACCAUUACAAGAAUCGUUAGGCGAGGUUUCUUAUGGAAAUUCUUUUGUAGAAUGGUUUUCAGAAGAAGCAAGACGAAAUUAUGGUGAGUAUGUCCCAAGUCCUAUAAAAAGCAAAGAAAUUCUAAUGAUUCGCCAGCCAUUAGGCCCAGUUGGAUUAAUAACACCUUGGAAUUUUCCAAUUGCAAUGAUAACAAGGAAAGCUUCAGCUGCUCUUGCAGCAGGAUGCACUUGUGUUAUAAAACCAGCUGAAAAUACGCCCAUUAUGGCAUUAGUAUUAGCUAAAUUUACUCAAGAAGCUGGAAUACCCAAUGGUGUUUUUAAUGUAGUGACUGCAUCUAGAGAAAAUACACCACAAAUUGGCCAAUUAUUGUGUGAAAGCCCAGGAAUAUAUGGAAUAUCAUUCACUGGGUCUACAGAAGUUGGAAAAUUGUUGUAUAAACAAUGUAGUAGUACAGUAAAACGUAUUGGUUUAGAGUUGGGAGGAAAUGCUCCUUUUAUUGUAUUUGAUAAUGCUGAUUUAGAUAAAGCAGUCGCAGGAGCAAUGGCUUCAAAAUUUAGAAAUUGUGGACAGACUUGUGUUAGCGCAAACAGAUUUCUUAUUCAAAAACAAGUAUACUCAAAAUUUAUAGAUAAACUUAUGGAAGCAAUGAAGAAAUUAGUUAUGGGAAAUGGUAAAGAUUGUGGCAUUAAUUUAGGCCCAUUGAUAAAUAUAAGUCAAGUAGAAAAAGUAGACCGCAUCGUGAAUGAUGCAAAAAAUAAAGGGGCAAAAAUAUUAGUGGGAGGAAAACAAGCUAUGAAUUAUGGGGAAAGAUUUUAUGAACCUACCUUAAUCACGGAUGUAAAAGAUAAUAUGGCUUGCUACACAGAAGAAAUUUUUGGACCUGUAGCAGUAUGUAUAGGCUUUGAGUCAGAGGAAGAAGGUUUGAAAAUAGCAAAUAAUACUAAUAGAGGCUUAGCUGGAUAUUUUUACUCAAAUGAUUUAUCUCAAGUUUGGCGGGUUUCAAAAGCACUCGAAGUUGGUAUGGUAGGAGUUAAUGAAGGGAUUAUUUCAUCCACUGAAGCAGCUUUUGGAGGUGUUAAAGAAUCUGGUUUGGGAAGAGAGGGUUCUAGUCAUGGUUUAGAAGAUUAUACUGAAAUUAAAUAUAUAUGUUUUGGAAAUAUCCAACAAAAUUAAUCAAAAUAAAGAACAAAUUAAAUAAUGUCUUCCAUUGGAAAUUAUGUCUUCCUGUAAUUUUAGAGAUAUAUUAUAGUUGUUAUUUAUUUAUGUACUGAAUUGUUAAUGGUAAUAUUUAUAAUUAAUUAUAAUUAAUAGUGAGAAUAAU